AUGUCAAGCGAAGAAUGGGACACAAAUAUUGAAUCAGCGGAAUUCGAAAAGGAAACUGAGUCGAUUUUGGAGAAAUCCGAAACGAAUCUCGAUAAUCACAUCUCAAAAAUACAAUCAAGCAUUGAUGAAACGGACAAAUUGAUGAAAAACUUUGACGAUUCGACUAGUGAUGACUCGGCUGAGAUGGGAAAAGCUAAAGAAAACGAUAAAAAGUUAGAGAAUAUAGCUUAUGAAACUUUUGACACUUCUGAGCUUGAAAAACAAAUGGAAAAAGUACAAGGUUUGAAAGCGGUAAAGAGAGAAGUACAAGAUAUCCCAGAAGAAAUCAAAGCUGAGGUUAAGCAAGCAGUAAAGCUCUUUGAUAAGUCAGAGUUUCAAAAGCAGAUCGAGAAUGUGGCUGAGGCUUCAAAACCAAUCCAGAAACGUCAAGCACCAGCUAUGCCUGAAGCAAUAAACAUUGAGAUUCAAAAUGCAGUUCAAGCUAUUGGCCAACUAACAACGGAGAUCCCACAAAGCACUAUUCCUACUGUUGUCUCGUUAUCUUGGUGGGAAAAAUUGAAACAAGCUGCUUCGAGAGCUGAAAACGCUAUCUCAAACACUUAUCAAAAAGUCGCCAAUUGGACAACAAAUGCAGCAAAAAUUGCGAAAGUUUGGACAACAAAUACAACAAAAAAAGCAAUCAAUGCGACAAAGAAUGGAUGGAAAAAGGCUAAAAAUUUCACUGAAAAUGCUUUAAAUAAAACGAUAAAUGCGACAACAAAUGGAUGGAAUAGUGUAAAGAAUAUGACAAAGAAUGGAGUCAAAAAGUUGGUAAAUGCUACAAAAAAUGGAUGGGUGAAGACAAAAAACAUGACCUCUCAAGCUUGGAAUCAAACAAAAAACGAUUUUGGAAAGUUGAAGAACGUUUCGAAAGCUGGUUUAGCUAAAGCAAAGAAUUGGACAGUUGGAGAAUUGGACAAAGCUUUGAACUCGACAAAGAAUGGAAUUGGGAAGAUAAAGAAUGCGACGAAAGGUGAAGUUUUAAAAUUAAAAAAUGCUACUUUAAAUGGUCUAGCUUCGGCAAAGAAUUGGACUACAAAUGAGAUGAAUAUUGUUAAGAAUUCGACUGUUGUUGGGAAAGUAACGAAUGCGACAAAAAGUGCUUGGAAUAAAGUGAAAGGAUGGGCUUCUGGAGCAAUAAAUCAAACAAAAAAUGAAGUAAAUAAGCUGAAAAAUUCGACACAAAACGCUUUGGGAAAGUUGAAGAAUUCGACACAAAAUGGGCUAAAGAAGUUAGCGAAUCUAACAAAAAAUGGUUUGAGUAAAGUAAAGAAUUUGACAUCGGAGUUAAUUUCCUCAAAAGUUGGAGUUAAUUCGAUGAGUUCAAUGAAUAAUGAUGCUCAAAAGUUUCAAGAAUUCUUACAAAAUGAGACACAACCUUUAAAAGCUAAAAUGGAAAAUAUGGCUAUUCAACAAAGCAAUGUGAUUCCAGCUGUGAAAAAUCGACUUCAAGAGGUUUUUAGUCGACCAAACGAUUUAGAAAUCAAUGAUUUACAAAACAAUGAUUUCCAAAAUCAAUUCGAUAACACUAUUGCUAAAGCUCAAGAACAAAUCUCGAAGAUUGAAACAGUGAUUAAGACAAGAAGUGUUACUGUUGGAUCAGAAUUAUCAGAGAUCCGAGUGCCGGAUUUAUCAAUUGCUAUUGGACAAGCGACCGCUGAGCUUAAUCAGAAACUCUCUGAGACAAAUGGGAACUCAGUUUUUGGAUCUAUUGGCCCAAAGGUUGAUCCAAAUGGUGUCAAUGUGAUGGUUGAUGGGAUUGGGGCGGUUGAUCCACAACUGAUGGACAAUAUGAUGGAAGCGGCGAGGACGUUGAGUUUAACGUUGAUGAAUUUCACGCAAAAGACUGCCGCUCAAUUGGCGCAAGAUGGUACACUGGGAAAUGUGUCACAACAAGAGUUCAAGGAGAUGUUAAUCGCUACACAGCAAUCGUUUCAACAAUUGACGGAGAUGCUAAAGAAUUCGACUGGAAGUGACUCUAGGGUUGCUCAAAUGGCUCCUGUAAUGCAUGACAUUCCAUCAGUGACAAUUCCAAGUCAGCUAGAAGCGACCUUAAACAAUUUGUCUUCUAAUGCUGCUCAAGCCGUUGUAGCUCAAAAUUUGGACACAGCUCUUCAACAAACAGCUGCUUUUACCGGAAAUGUUACUGAUCCUGCUUUUUUGUCAAUUAUUGACAAUGCGAAGGCGGCAAUCCAGAUCCAAUUAGACACACUUCAAGCUUUGGACACUUUACCAACAACUACACCGAUCGUUGGGAAUCCUGUGACAACUACCAUUGUUAAUCCAGCUACGAAUGCAGCUUCGGUUCCAGCUACAGCGGCUACAACAACUCUUGCCAAUCCAGCAGUCACUACAAAUCUGGCUAAUUCUGUCACGACAACUGUUGUUGCAAAUCCUACUGGAGCAGCUACAACAACUACUGUUGCAAAUCUAGGCACUAAUGCAGCUACAACAACUACAGUAGCUGCUCCGGCUACCGGCACUAAUGCAGCAACAACUACAGCAAGUCCUGUUGCUGCUGUUAACACAACAGUUAACCCAGCAACUGGUGCAGCUACUACAACCACAACAACACUUUUGCCUGGACCAACAACUCCUGCUGUAUCCACAACCACAACACUACCGCGAACUCAAAACCCCGGUGAUCUAGUUGCCGUACCUGAUUUUCCACCAGCCGGCUGUAUGGUUCCUAGUGUUGACAUUCACUCAAAAGUUAGCCAAUCAGCGUAUCAGGAAAUGGGAAUAUCGGAUGAUUGUGAGGGAUUGUGUGCGAAUAUGACAAUGUUUCCAUGUCAAGCCUACACUUGGGGCGGCCCUGGAACUUACUGUGUACUCCAUGGUCCUAUCGACAAAGGAAUGGUGACAAUUCAAUCUGGUUCGAUCUACAACAUCACCGAUUAUUUGUGUGAAAAGGGUAGCAAUCCAGCAAGUUUGUUGAAACUGUGCGUUUUCGCUGAACGGGGAAUCCGCGUCUCAGUUGAUUUGAAUGUGUCCAGUUUCAAGAAAUACAAGGCUCAAACGAUUCAAUUCUGUCAACAAUGGUGUUCACUGGAUACACUUGAUCGAUGCACAUCGUUUGCUUUUGAUGAAACAACCUCGUUUUUUGAUGGCUACAAUUGUGUGACCUUCCAUCGGUCUCUUUCCCUCACAUCAUUACCACGAGGAACCUUCGAACUUUAUGAAAACCAAUGUCUACUCUAUCAA